GCUUGCAGAAGGAGAGCAGAUCUUAUCUGGUGGAGUGUUGAAUAAACAGAAGAGCCACGAUGACAUUGUUAUGGAGUUUGGUGACUCUGCAUGCUUUACACUCUCCUUACUGGGACAUGUCUACUGCAAGACAGACCGGCUUGCCAAAGGAUCAGAAUGUUACCAAAAGAGCCUUAGUUUAAAUCCUUUCCUCUGGUCUCCUUUUGAAUCGCUGUGUGAAAUAGGUGAAAAACCAGACCCUGACCAAACGUUUAAAUUAACAUCUUUACAGAACUUCAGCAGCUGUCUGCCUAACACUUGCGCCACAUUGGUAUCUAAUCACAACAUAUCCCAUAGACAGCCAGAGACUGUCCUCAUGGAAACGCCUCAAGACACAAUUGAGUUGAACAGAAUCAACCUAGAAUCCUCCAACUCAAAAUAUUCAUCCUUGAACACUGAUUCGUCUAUGUCUUACAUUGACUCGGCUGUGAUUUCACCAGACGCUGUCCCUCUCGGGUCAGGAACUGCCAUAUUGUCUAAACAGGCUCAAAAUAAACCAAAAACUGGGCGGAGUUUACUGGGAGGACCCGCGGCUUUGAGCCCGCUGACUCCAAGCUUUGGAAUUUUGCCACUAGAAACCCCAAGCCCUGGAGAUGGAUCAUAUUUACAAAACUACACAAACUCCUCUUCUGUAAUUGAUGUGCCAUCCACAGGAGCACCUGCCAAGAAGACUGUCAGCAGGAUGAGCCAAGCUGGAACAAAAUCUGUCUUCUCGCAGAGCGGAAAUAGCCGGGAAGUCACUCCAAUUCUUGUUGCACAAACACAGAGCUCUGGUCCACAGACAAGUACAACACCUCAGGUAUUGAGCCCAACAAUUGCUGCUCCACCAAACGCGCUGCCUCGAAGAAGCUCUCGCCUGUUUACCAGUGAUAGCUCUACAACAAAGGAAAAUAGCAAAAAAUUAAAAAUGAAGUUUCCACCUAAGAUUCCGAACAGGAAAACAAAAAGUAAAACAAAUAAGGGAGGAAUAACUCAACCAAACUUAAACGACAGUUUGGAAAUUACCAAACUGGACUCUUCCAUCAUUUCAGAAGGGAAAAUUUCUACUGUUGCACCACAGAUCCAGGCUUUCACGCUACAGAAGGCAGCAGCAGGUUUGAUGAGCCUUCUCCGUGACAUGGGGAAAGGUUAUUUAGCCUUGUGUUCGUACAACUGUAAAGAAGCGAUAAAUAUUUUAAGCCAUUUACCAUCUCACCACUACAACACUGGCUGGGUGCUGUGCCAAAUUGGGAGAGCUUACUUUGAGCUUGCAGAAUACAUGCAGGCUGAGAGAAUAUUUUCAGAAGUAAGGAGGAUUGAAAACUACAGAGUAGAAGGCAUGGAGAUCUACUCGACUACACUGUGGCAUCUGCAGAAAGAUGUUGCUCUUUCAGUUCUUUCAAAGGAUUUGACAGACAUGGAUAAAAACUCACCGGAGGCUUGGUGCGCUGCAGGAAACUGCUUCAGCUUGCAACGGGAGCAUGACAUUGCAAUCAAGUUCUUCCAGAGAGCCAUCCAAGUUGAUCCAAACUAUGCUUAUGCCUACACCCUGUUGGGGCAUGAAUUUGUGUUAACAGAAGAACUAGACAAAGCUUUAGCUUGUUUUAGAAACGCGAUCAGAGUCAACCCUAGACACUAUAACGCAUGGUAUGGGUUGGGAAUGAUUUACUACAAACAGGAAAAAUUCGGUCUAGCAGAAAUGCAUUUCCAGAAAGCACUUGAUAUCAAUCCUCAGAGCUCAGUCUUACUGUGUCACAUUGGAGUAGUCCAGCAUGCACUGAAAAAAUCGGAAAAGGCUUUGGAUACUUUAAACAAAGCUAUUAACAUUGACCCCAAGAACCCGCUAUGCAAAUUCCAUAGAGCUUCUGUAUUGUUUGCAAAUGAAAAAUACAAGUCUGCUUUACAAGAACUUGAAGAACUGAAACAGAUUGUUCCCAAAGAGUCUCUUGUUUACUUUUUAAUAGGAAAGGUUUAUAAAAAACUUGGUCAGACACAUUUGGCUCUAAUGAAUUUCUCAUGGGCAAUGGACUUAGAUCCCAAAGGAGCCAAUAACCAGAUUAAAGAGGCCAUUGAUAAACGCUACCUUCCAGAUGAUGAGGAACCAAUAACUCAAGAGGAGCAAAUCAGUGAAUGUUACCCCUAUGAAUCAGUCGGCACAGACGAAUCCCAGGAGAGCAGCAUGACGGAUGCAGACGACACACAGCUCCACGCAGUUGAAAGCGAUGAAUUUUAACCUCCAAAAGCCAGUGUCUGAGCUCGAGUGUGUGACUGGUACUGUUGUGUUCCCCCCCUUCCUUCGCAUCCUGGGUCUUCACAUCACUGAGCCAGCAUUGUCAUUAUUCUCCACUGACACCACGAGUGCACCGCUCAGAUUUAAACUGUACGCAGAGUUAAUGGCAGUGCAAUAUUCAGCUGCUACCGAGUCUGACUUGUUGGCUCUUACACGUUUAUGAGAGUGACUGAGGAGGACAAAUGCUGGUUUUGGACUCCCCUUUGCUGGAAAAAAUAUCAUGGAAGAAAGACUUGUGGUUUUCUGUAACGAAGCCGGUAGAUGUGGGGAUAGUACUAAUGAAGCAGUGUCUUGUUCCUUUUCCAGAAAUGUGUCUUAGUUUGGUUCUUUCUUGGUAAGCAGAGUGCUGAACCUCAUUUCCUUCGAGGACAGUGUUGGCAAACGCAGGCCCUUCGAGACUUUGGCAUAUUGUAGUGUAACUUAAACACCAGGGAAUGUCCGUGACCUUCAAGCUGCAGUGUCUCCAGUGAACAAACACCAAAACGCAGAUGCUCAGGACUGGGAGGGUGGCAGACCGCGUAAAAUAGCCCGUGUCCCUACUUAGAGCGCGAGCUUGCAGGAGUGGAAACUUAGCGGGAGAAUCCCAUUGCAGAAUCCAAGCUUUCGUGAAACGCUGUCAUGUUCUAACCACAAAUUAAUUUAUUCAGCUGGUUUCGGAAAGGUCGGUGUUUACUUUGUACUUCAGAGAAACCAGUCGGCGCCACCUCGCUCCGUGUUUCGUCUGCCCCUUGAUUUGUUCUCCCCCUUUUUAAGAAUAAAAAUUAAUAAGGGGCAAAAUCAAGAGAGAAACGCAGAUACAACUGUCGUGUGGAAAUACCCAACCCCUAAUGCAGAGCGACUGAGCAGAUAGACUGGGAAGACCGUGGAAGCCUUAAUCCAAGCUGAACCUUACAGUCAAGCGCAUCAAAUAAUGGUCUGAGUUUACUCUUCUUUUAACAACUGUUUUGUAAAGCGUGGUCCAAGCAGGAUGCAAAAAUGUGCAAUUAUCUGUCUCUCUUUUAUCUCCUGUUCUUCUCUUUUUUUUUUUAAGCUGUUCUUCACGAUUCUCACUCUAGGAACACUUUUCUCUUCUACAGAGGCUGCUUCUGUGACAAGAAAGCUGCGCCACGUUAACGAGUCCAACCCCAUCUUUCUCUGUAGCGUUCUGCAGCAGCAAUUGGUGCCCUUUAUGCAGUGAUGAUAAAGAAAGUGUAUGAUAUAAGCAGUUUUAAAGAGCGAUUUAUGCAUAAUAAAUUGGGAAUGAUAUAAAUUUCAUAGCAACA